AUGUCGCUCGAGACUCUCACAAACGCGCUGCGUCACAUCCGUCUCCCACACUCCCAACAAGAGCGACUAAAUCUCGCCCUCGCGACGGCGGCCGUACUAGGCAGCGCAAUUAUCCUCCCCGCCGCGUAUCGUGACUACCGUAUUUUCAGGAGCUAUGGACCCGGCGGGGUCCCCAAUAACUUGCUGGGGUGGAUGACGGUGCGCGCGCUGUUUCAGCCGUUUGGGAGCGAGAUGUUCAGCACGGAGAUAUAUCUGCGCCGGAUGGAUGGGGCCGAGGGACAUGGGAGGGGUGACGAGGGAUAUUUGACUCUAUCGAAGGAACAGUUGGAAUCGAGGAAAGGGGAUGGCAGACCGGAGGUUGGACCGCAUGUCGCACCACAGCGACAAUUGACGCAGAUUCCCGACGAAGAAAUCAUGGAGAAAUUCCACUCAAAAUUCACCUCUUUCGGUUUGCGCAACCACCAUUUAGUCAAAAUCCAGCAGUCCAAUCUUGAAAAACAUUCGGAUGCGCUGUUUUUGGCCGAUCACCUCCCCAUCACGGAUCUGGCGACGACAAUGCAGGGUGAAAUUACGCAUAUACACAGUGAAAAUGAUUAUUCGCUUCAUGUAGUUCUGGCGCCGGCGGAUUGCAAGAAAAUUAUCGACGCAGGUUGGGGUCAGCGCCAUGCGUUUUCCGGUACAUCCGCCAUGACCUUUCUCAGCUUGGGUACUAUACCCGACAUUCCCUCUGAAUAUCUCCUGAUCUAUGCGCCACGCAGCGAUGCAGAAAUAGAGAUUGUGCUGGAGAUUAUUUCGGCCGCGGUCAAGUUUAUGACGGGACGGGAGGAUGUUCGGUAA